CCCAACCCGGAAGCCGGUGGUCCCGCGAGCCCGGAAGCCAGCCCACCCGGAAGCCGGCGCUGGCCACGUCCCGGAAUCGGUGCGCCGGUGAGCCCCGCGCGCUACGGCCCGUUUCCGGGAUGUACAUGCAGGUGGAGUCGCGCUCCGGCUCCUGCCUGCACCUGACGCGCGCGCCCGGCGCCCGCUCCUGGUCCCUGCUAGUCGGAAUCCUGUCCAUCGGGCUGGCGGCUGCCUACUACAGCGGUGACAGUCUGGGCUGGAAGCUCUUCUACGUCAUGGGCUGCCUUUUCGUGGCGGUGCAAAACCUGGAGGACUGGGAGGAAGCCAUCUUCAACAAGAACACAGGGAAGGUUGUCCUGAAGACGUUCAGCCUCUACAGGAAGCUGCUCACCCUUUCCCGGGCGGGCCAUGACCAGGUGGUGGUCCUGCUCCAUGACAUCCGGGAUGUGAACGUGGAGGAGGAGAAGGUGCGCUACUUCGGGAAGGGCUACGUGGUGGUGCUGCGAUUUGCAACAGGCUUCUCCCACCCUCUGACGCAGAGCGCGGUCAUGGGCCACCGCAGUGAUGUGGAAGCCAUUGCCAGACUCAUCGUCAGCUUCCUGGAGCUGCACCGCCUGGAGAGCCCCAUGGAGCUGUCCCAGAGCAGCGACAGUGAGGCGGAAGGUCCUGGAGACCAGCGCUGACACCACGAGCCCUGGCCCGGCUGUCCGAGGGUCACCUGAGACUCCUCUUGGGGACCUGCCCCGAGAAAGCCCAGACUGGACUGACCUGCCACCUCCGGGCUGUGUGAGGAGCAAGGGGGACAGGCCCCUCUCGGGGUCCUGAUGCAGGGGCCUG